ACUCUGCAGAACUAUCAGAAGAGGAAGUGCAAGCUACAGCAAAGUUCACUGAGCAGAAGACUCAAAAAACAAGACAGGACGGUCGACUAACACUGCUGAAAAGGUAAGGGCUAGACUGAAUUUUACAUCCCUGGAGUUUCUGCUUAGAUUUUCAACUUUUACACGAUUUUCAAAAAUGUUUUUUCUGCUUUGUUUUUUGUCACACAGAGGAACUUCCAUUGUGUAUUUAGAAAAGUAUUGUAAAAUGUGGGAAACAAACACAUAGUAUUUUUUUGUUGAUAAAAUAAAUCCAAAAUUGUUGAUCAUACAAGUUAAACUCACAGCUAUGUAAAAGCUACCCUAUGUUGAAAUACCAAGUACGUCAGCUGCAGUUUAUUGUAAUUUAUGUCUAAAAAACAAAAACAAAAAAAUUAAAUGUAUUAUAACAAUGUUUUUUUUUUUUUAAUUCAAUAUUUUAACAGCUAAAAACAGUCAGUAUCAACAGAUUCACAACUGACAGAUACAGUCAAUGUUUCAAAAAUGUAAGGUCUCAUGAUAGCUAUGAGGGAAACAUCAUUUAAAGUAUUUCUUUUCAAUUUUCUACACCUUAUUUUGAGAUAAAUUUCUAAAGAAGUAAGUUAAACCCCAGCAAUGCCAUUAUCUGUUGAAACUAUAAUGUGUUUUCAUCAUGUCUAAUUAGUUUGAAAUUCACCGAAAUGCACCCUUUACUGGUAAAGAGCAAAGAAACAGGAAGUGAGAUGUGUCAGUCUUUCCUCUUUGCAGUGUGAUCAUGAGAGCUAUAGAAGUGUGAAGUCCCCUCCAAACUCACGCACACACACAUGCACACAUGCACACACACAUUCACUCUCUUAUAACACGUUCUUUUUCUUUUGAACCUUUUGAACUACAGCCAAAUCUACCCUCACCCUCAUCUUGACCCAAGGAUAACCUGGUCUUACCUUAAAUCAAGUCUUAUAGAAAAAUUAAUUUGACGACUUCUUUUCUAUCUCUGAAAGUUAGGUGAUACCUUUAUUUAUACCAGGUGAUAGAAAUUUUAACAAGUCUAACUGUUACUCUUCACAGGUUAAGAUAAUCAUAUUUAUAUUUCUGAUCUGGGUGUUAAAAGACAGUGAUAAUUUACAAACAGGUAUGACUUCUUACAGCACUUUGCACUCAUUUUAGAUAAAUUUGAGUACGUGUUCACAUAUUUCAUAUCUAUUUCAAAAUUGUACCUCAAUAAAAAUACCUACUGCACGUAAUUCAUUAACUAGAAUUUACUUUUUUAAGAUCUAAAAUUUAAUGUAAACAUGUUUCUAGAAAAUAGAUACAAAUAUGUUUGUCAUCAUUUAAUAAAUUUUAUACGUCUUGCAGUUGUUGAAAUGCAGUUACAACAGAUGCAAAUCUUAUAAUUGCAGUUUCAUUAGUUAUUGUGGUUACUCUUUACAGCAAGGGUACAAAUCUAAUAUUUAACUGAUGUUUGAGUCAUGUGUGAGUCAUGAUCAUUAAAUGCAAUGAUGUAAAGUGAAUGAGCAUUUCCUGUUCGUUCUUCGUGUUACCUCAUGAUGAUGUGACUUUAACAUUACACAAUUAGUUCUCUGUUAAUUCACAGUUUCUUCAGACAUGAGAUAUUAUGGACCAAAUUAGCUGGACACCCAAGUUUGUUUGUAUAGUGAGCAUGUGUUUUCUUAUCCCCUCUGUUUAAACAUAACAAUUGUUUCCACUGUUCAUGUUUCAACUCAUAAAUUUACAAUAUAAAUGAAAAAAGAAUGUUUUUAAUUUCUCAAUAUUAGUGACAUAAGUAUAAUAGUUGUAACUGUAUCAUUAAUAUCUCUAUUGUGCUAUUGAUAAUGAUAAUAAACUAAUUCAUGUAGCACUUUUGAAUAUGAAAAACAGCUUUAUGUGCCUUACAAUACGAAACUGAUUGCAAUUUUAAGAAAAAAAGAAACACAACAAACAAUUAUUGACAAAAUUCACUAAAAAUAAUGAUGCAGUUAGAGCCACAACACAACUAAAAAUAACUAAUAAUUUAUACAUCAAAAUGUUAGUUGAUGACACAUUCUUUAUUUACUCACAUAAAUAACCAUGACGUAUGGCCUAAACUCCAGUUCAAGGGGUGUUGAAUAAAUGUACUGAAUGUAAUACAAGAUCUACAAUGGAUAUCUACAACAACAAUACAUUGAUUGUUCAGCUGAAAAUAUCAAUAAAUAAAUUUGCUACUCAUCAACAUUAGAUCAUGGGUUUGUUGAAUCAGAACCAUUGUGUUAAAACUGUGCACUUGGACUCUAUAUAUUUUUUUUAUGUUGAUAAUUUAAAAAUUACCUCCCAGUUCAGCUGCAUGUUAACAACAACUAUUUUUAUUUGUAAGGAAUGAAAUUCUCAUUUAAAGUCUGAAUGUUUAACAAUGCAGAAGUAAUUACACACAUUUUAUUAAACUUUUCAAACCUGUGAAAUGGAUGGCCUGACAUUUUUUUAAACCAAUCAAAAUAAAUUGUUAGUAUCCACAAUACAUGAUACUGCCAUAGCUGAGGUGAAGUACGGUGGCUCUGAAGGUCAAUUUUGCUCAAAGAUUUCAUGAUUUCAUUUUACAAAAACCUAUAAACAUUUUAUAAAAUACAAAAAAAAUAAAUAAAUAAAGAUUUCCCAAAAAUAAAGUAUGCCCUGGACAUAAAAACGUUUCAUAGAACUCAAAAAUAUGUCAUGAAAAGAAAAAAAUAUCUUUUUAGAAAUUUUAUAGACAGUAUAGAUUUAUCAGUGUUAUUUACAUUGUGAAAUACUUUUGCUUUGUGAAAUGUCUGGGGGUUUUAUUGAAUAUAUUUGUAGUUUGUGAAUGUAUUUGAGGAAAUGGUUUUGGCAUUCAGUGGAUUUAUCUAUUUAUUUUGCAUCAUGACAUGCUCUUCAUGUUGACUUUUAGGGACACCAUACAAAAAAGAUUACUACAACUUAAGUCUGAUUAUUGUGGACAAACACCGCAGCAGUGAGCUGAUUAUGAGUGACAGUUCUCAUUUGGGUUAAUUUUUUCACUUAAUCAGAGUUAGGUGAUAUGAUUAUCAUAUUUGACCUGCUCUCUUUUUCAGAUUUGAACAGAGGAGUUGAAGAUGGCUCAGCGCUGCCUUAAGUGUUUAAAGUACACCAUGUGUCUUGCCAACUUCCUUUGUUUUGUGAGUUUUAUAUCUCUUGAAUCCAAAUUUUUAUGCAGCAUUCAGUACAUUAUACACUCAGGUUUUUUGUUAUAACCUUAGCACUGGAAUCUCAUGAUAGAUGAGGUGCAGGUUGCCUGUUUUUGACUGUAGUUUUCCCUAUCAGCUAUGUGGUGUGGCCGUGCUGUGCUUUGGUGUGUACAUGAUGGUGACCAUCAAGACGCCACUCACCCCGACCUUGGCCAAAUUCAACUUAGCCAACAUGCUCCUGAUAAGCGGCAUCGUCAUCACGUGUGUGUCCUUCCUGGGAUUCCUGGGUGCCCUGAAGGAGAACCGCUGUCUGCUCUUGACGGUAUGAUACACAUACGUGCUGUGUUUGAAUUUGUAAUUAAUCAAGAGUGUCUAUUAACAACCCAGAAUGGAAGCACAGACAAACAGUGGCUCAAUCAGGUGAAAAAGAAAACGAUUAACUGAUUCUCUAUCUUAUAUUUUAAAGUGUCAUUUAAGUGUCAUCCAUAUUUCAAUAUUGGGACAUUAAAGGAAAAAAUAAAAAGAUAAAGUUCAAUUUAAAAAAACAAGAAGGUAAGAAAUGGGGCAAGAAUGGGGAAGUAAGUGUUUACUUAGUCAAAUCACAAAGUAUGUUUUCACUCCUUUUUAAGGGGUUUAUUUUUCCAAAAGUCAGAGUCUUGGCUUAUGUACUUUUAUGUGUAAGGUACCUACUUACCAAGAUAACAAAGUUCCAGUAUCCCAAAACAACCCUAACCCUCAUUUAAAACUUUGUAUUUUGCCAGUACUAUCGGUGGCCAUACUAACCCAUGAAAAUUAUUUCACGCAAGUGUUUCUUUAGUACCUUAAACUUUGGUAUAGACUUAUGACUUGACUGUUUUUGUCUCAAGGUUGGGGUCAAAGUAUGAGGUGUAGCUAAAAGGUGUACCAAAUACUAAUGGUCAAUACAUGAGGACUCAGAGUUGCAAAACCAGACCCAACUAUGAAACAAGGUCUAUGAUCCAAUAAAUGUGGUUUCCUUUGACGCGUGUCCAAGUCUAUUCAGCUGUAAUUUAUGUGACAUUUUCCACAUUAACAGUUUUUCCUGAUCCUGUUCUUGAUGAUGCUGGUAGAGCUGGCUGCCGCAUGCUUGCUCCUUUUGUAUGAAAAUAAGGUAAGGUCACACUUCAACACCUCAAACUUCCUGUUCUGUUACUACGGACACAGAUAUACAACAGCCAUAAUCAAUCAAUUCACCCUUUUUUCAGAUUGGCGAGUGGGUGAAGCAGGACCUUACUGCGGGCUUGGACAGGGUGAAGAAUGGUCCAAGAAAUUCAACAGACAUGAGUGAAUGGGAUCUACUUCAGACACAAGUAGGUUUAACCUGCUAGCUAGCCACCCCACACACAUAGCUAUUGAUUGUUUAACUUUUUUGUUGUUGUUGUUGUUAAAGCUUAAAUGCUGUGGAGUCUUAAAUGUGACAGACUGGGGAGACAGAGUGCCAAAAUCCUGCUGCGCGGACAAAUGUGACACCCCAAGGCCUUCCUACCACAAGGUAGACACACUAAACCUUAAGAAAAGUUUGGAGUAGGGCCUGUUUGACAUGGUUCAUAGGUCUAACAUUAGAAGAAUAAUUUAAGGCUGAAUCUGGACGUUGGGAGCAUGUGAUUUUCUUUUUUCUUUUUUUUGCAGGGCUGUGUGGAGGUGAUGCAGAAUUUCUUUGAGGAAAAUUUCCUUUUCACUGGGAUUUCUGUCAUCGUGCUCUGUGUUAUUGAGGUAUGCUGAUUACAUUUACUGUGACUGUCCCCUUAUUAAAUUAAAGUGGUAAACUCCAAUGUUAAACCCUGUUUAAAAAAUUCAACAAUAAAAUAAUAAUUGAAUAUAGAAAAUAUCUUUUUUUUUUAAUUUGCGAGAACAAAAUGAAUACAUUUAAGAGAAUUAAGAAGACUUGAAAAAAAGGUGUAAAAUUAUGAUAAAAAGUGAAUGAAUGAAUGAAUGAAUGAAUGGUUUUAUUUUUGGUCACAAAUAACAACAAAUGAGAAACAAACAGAAUUAUAAACUUGACCAAAAAAGGAUUAGGCGGAAGCACAAUGCUUAUAGUUGCCUAUCCUUUACAAUCCUUAUAACAUCAUUUUAAUAUUUAAGACAGUUGAUAAUGUUGAAAUAAGAUAAAAAAAAAAGAAAGACACUUUAAUAUUAAAAAGAAAACAUUAAAAUAAUAUGUUGCACUACGAAAGGAAAAAAAAAAAGUCAUAAAGAAUGAAAGAAAAUGUCUUACUCAAAGCUGUAUGUACUCCUGAAUUAUUUUGCUUUUUAAUGCUUUUUUAAAUAUUACCUGAGAGUUACACAAUUUUAGCCUGUGGUUUGCCUGCAUGAUAUCUUUGGGAGGAAUAUUAGAAGAGUAUCAACCUGCCUAAACUAAAACGGAAAAUUUGGUGCAUCUUGUUAACUCCUUGAAUAAAAGCUACAUAUUUAUAUUUAUAUACAUACUAAAAUCCCAGCAUUUUAGCCCUUCAGCACUACAUUGACAUAACUAUCAGGUUCCUGAAUCUACUUCAGCAACUGCUGUUCAUCCUCAGGUGUUCAGUCUGGCUUUACACAACAAUCCAUGGUCUCCAUUUAGUGCGAGAUGUUGUGUUAACCUGGACAGAACAACUCCAACCUGUAGUUAACUCUGGCUCAUACAAUUAAAAUACAACUUAAUAAAAUGUCAAUUUAAAGCUCCUGUGAGGAACUUUAGGUUUUUGUCACUUUCGGCGCCCCCUGUGACCACAGUAGUCUUUGCUUACCCUAUUUUCUAUAUGCUCAAGUGGUGUCAUUUCACACACACACACAUACAAAAAAAACAAAAAACAAACCUUAUCAUUCAGAAUUUCUAAAGUCUCAAGACUGGGGGAUUGCUUUGGGCAGAAACGUCCUGCCCAGACUCCAUCAGCAGUGAUCGAAUUUAAUUUAAUUCCUCUAUGAACAAAUAGAUCCAGCCUGCAUAAUGAUGUUGUGAAACAUUAGACACAGUAUUUUCAAGUAAAUCAAAAGUAGAUGACUUUUGAAAGAGAAACCAGUGACAACAUCCUCUUUGCAGACAUGUCUGAAGGGCCAGUUUCACUAAUUUCUUAUCUAAUUGUUGUUUCAAAAGGCUAUAUCAUAGUCAGACAGCAGCUAAUUGGUCCUGAGAUCAGGUCAGCAUUAAUCUACUGCCCCCUCAGAAAAUAAAAAUAAAAAUAAAAAAAGGAAAAAUAAAACAGCUUAUACGUCUUACCUAUUCUGUUUGUCUUCAAAUGUUUUCAACCAUAUCACUUUUAAAUAUUGUCUCUUGCAUACUAGGACAGAUAAAGUAUGUUUUGUCAUUUUUACAUUCCUACCUGCAAAAACUUUUCUCUUCUUUGACAAACUCCACACUAUAAUUUGUCUCAUUUUACAUUCGUUUUUUAAUCUUGUUCACUGACAGGUCCUGGGAAUGUGUUUUGCCAUGACGCUCUUCUGCCACAUCAGCAGAUCUGGACUGGGCUAUAAAUUAUAGAAAAUACUCAUUGGGUUAAUGUCUGUCAGCUAAAUGACAUUGUAAUUGUAAUUUCUCCUCUGGCCUUUGUGUCCUGGCAUUGUUGUAUAGCUCUAUCAUGUAGAGAACCUUGUGUGUGAAUAAGAGACGGAAGGCUGAUUUAACAUCAGUAAAUGAGUAUUUUCUGUAAAUGGAUGUAUUAGAGAACGUUUUGUAUUAUCCUGUGAUAAAAUAAUAUUAACAUUAGAAAUGUAUCAGACUGUCGUAUUUAGCUUUUUCUUGUUAUGAGCGAUGAAGUUGUGUUUAAUGCUAUUCCACUGAAGCUGUGAGAAAUUUACAGAAGCCCCAAGCUGACAUGUAUCCAUAUAUUAUAUUUUCUAAUUUUUAAAAGCAUUUUCUACUUUCUUAUUCUCUUAAUGCAUCGGGUCAGCUACAGAUGCACAACUUCCCCAAAAUACUUUUUAAAGUCCUUAAAAUAAACCCUCUGAGUGUUUAUGAUGUCAACACUGUGUCCUCCAUUUUGACUUGAUGUUGUAGUCAAAUGAUGGGUGUUUCCUGUCUAUAGCGUGCCGCUCACUGGUUUUUGGUGGGGCUAUAACUCAAACCAAUUCCUCUUUUGGCCAUCUGUUUCGAUCCUGCAACGAAACUGUCUGACAGUCAUGUUUUUUUUAUAACCAUUAGUGCUCAAUCGGUGAAGUGGUUAACCAUAUCUAUGAAUAAAAUCUUCAAAUGUUGA